UCUUUAACUGUCUAUUGUUGAAGCAGAGGUUAAGAAAGGAAAUUGCGCGUGACUCCACCCCCCUUGGCUUGCCGUACGUGAUUUAUCAAGUGGGCGGGCCCUAUCGGUCGUGUCGCACUCUUGAAAGUUUGCGGAAGUUAAUGUUUUCUAAAGUUGAAGUCAGCUGUCAAGAGUGUUACGUUAAAUUAAAGAGAAGUACUUUUUUAUUGUCGUGCUUAAUAGAUGGACCUCAGUUCCGAGAAAAUACAGCGGAUCCUCUCCAAGUACAAAUUCCAUGAUGUUGCUGUUGAGGAGCUGCAGAAGAUCCACCGAGGCUACCCGGGGAUAAAACCAUCCACAGGCACAUACACGUUUAGUGACGGCAGCCAGAAAGAUCUCCUGAGACUCAUUGGUAACAUCCCUGUCCGUUAUGAAGGCCGCUCCUACAACUUCCCCAUCCAGCUGUGGCUGAUGGACUCAUUCCCCUUCACUCCUCCUAUAUGCCUCCUGAAACCAACCCCGGACAUGGUCAUCAGAGAAGGCAGGCAUGUUGACGGAGGAGGGCGGAUCCACCUGCCGGGGCUGCACAGCUGGGAUUAUCCCAAGUCAUCCAUGGUUGGUCUUCUGACUGAGAUGAUUGCCAAGUUCGAGGAGGAUCCUCCACUGUCCGCAAAGACCACAGCGGACAACAAAGACCCCCAUGAGCUCCUGGCUUUUGUUUCUAAUUUACAGAUCAACAAUGGUGGAAGCAGACCUCACGAUCAGUCCAUUAACAAAGUCUCCGUUAUCGGGGGAGGAGAUUUAGGAAUGGCGUCAGUGAUGAGCAUUCUAUCGAAGUGUAAAGUGGACAAACUUGUGUUCAUUGACGUCGCUGAGAGUUCCACCAAGGGCGGCAGUACAGAUCUGGAGAUUUUCAGUCUGCCGAAGGUGGAGGUGUCCAGAGAUUUGUCAGCCUCGGCAGGCUCCGCGGUUGUCGUGGUGACCGCGAAUGCAUGGAGCAGUGAGCAGUCGUACCUGAGCGUGGUUCAGACCAACGUGGACUUGUACAGGGGGAUCAUCCCAAAUCUGGCCCGUCUCAGCCCCAACGCAGUAAUGCUCAUUGCUUCACAACCAGUGGACAUCAUGAGCCACGUAGCCUGGAGACAGAGUUGCUUGCCUCCAGCACGGGUGAUCGGAGCAGGGUGCAACCUGGACUCGGCGCGCUUCAGCCACAUCCUGGAUAUUAACUUGAACACCCACAGACCCGCCUGGGUCAUAGGAGAACUUUCAGACAACAAAGUUGCUGUGAUGAGCAACAACGGGCUGGGCUCCAGCGUGCAGCACGAGUUCGCAGCAGGAGCCAAUGCUACCAAACCAUUGUUAGACAGAGCGUUCGAGAUGAUGAAGAACAGAGGCCAGCGGUCGUGGUCUGUGGGUCUGUCCAUCGCUGACAUCACAAACAGCGUCCUGACGGAUAAGAUGAAGACCCACUCUGUCUCCACGCUGGCUCAGGGCUGGGGGGGCAUAGGCGCAGAGGUGUUCCUCAGCUUGCCGUGCAUCAUAGGAUCUAACGGGUCCACGCGCUUGGCCGGAGUGUCACUGGGACAGGAAGAAGACUCUAAACUGAGGGAAAGUGUCACCUCCCUUUCUAACCUCAUGAGUCAGCUCACCAUAUGACUGCAGUCCCAGUUUGGGUUCAACUGACUGCUGCUCACGGCGGGGGUCCUCCAGUCACACCCCCAGCAGGUGGACUGUCCCCCUAUGAUGCAGUGAAAUGCAUUUUCAGUCAUAGACAGCAUUGGUGUCUUAAAUAUGUAUAGUUUAUUCAUGACGUUUCUUUCUAUAUUCUCAUUGGAUACUGUGUAUUACAUGUGGGUGAAAGAAAUCUGAAAUAUCGAUGUACAGAUUGCAUUUAGGAUUUAAAUUUACUGGGCAUGCAAAGGUUGCUCAUUGUGUCUCAUACAGCGUUUGAAACAUGAACAUGUUUUAAAUGAAUACAUGGUUAUGUUUUUGAAAAAGCAUCUUAAGAAUAGUGACUUUUGAAGGACUAUAUUUCUGUCAGUAAAUGCAAUUUGGCCUUGACUACUUUUACCAAAGAUGAUGUAAUUAUCCAUAUUUUUGUACAAACUCAUUACUUACAUUUGAAAAGAACCAGGGUGUUAAUAAAUAAAGUGUGGGGCAGCAUGUACAUUAUAUUCAGUAGAGUUGGUGUUGACUUAAUAUAUUUACUCAUUGAUGAAGUGGCCUUAUUUAAAAUGUCUUUAUAUUUAAAUAACCUUAACUCUUACUCUUAUACUUUGUUAAAUACCUUGCCUCAAUAUUUACAGUAAGACAAACUUUUGUGGCUCUGCAAUAAAUAUCUGGA